AUGGGGAUAGGAGGAUCCGCUCUCUUAUUACAUAUUCAAAUGCAUCAUCUCUGGGCCGGGGGUGCUGUCUUUGCAGAACUUGUGGUUCGGUGUGAUGUGACCCCUCUGUCUGUUUUUUCAGCGGAGAUUCAUUGCUGCCUGGGCUGGGGGGCGCGUUGGAGGAAGUUUCGGUUCGGGGACAGCCCCUUGAUUCCUAUAGGUACCUAUGCCUCCCCAGCUCUGCCGUGGCCUGAGUGCAUCUCAUUGUCCUCGGCACAACUCUACUACGAGAUCUCUGUUUCGUUUUCUGGAAGGGAUUUGAUCUUUCACCUCCGAAAACAUUGCUGA